AUGCCUCUUAACAUCAUCGUCGUCGGUGCUGGAAUUGGGGGUCUUGCGUGCGCCAUCUCUUUGACGCGUCAAGGUCAUCAUGUUGAGCUGUUCGAGCAAUCCACCUUUCUCAACGAGAUAGGUGCUGCGAUCCACCUUCCGCCGAACGGCUCUCGAGUAUUGAAAGGAUGGGGAUGCGAUUUCAACGACCUGAACUACGUUUACUGCAACAGCAUCACGGCUUACGAUAAGUCGGGCAACUCCAGAUUCGUCGCCAUUGCCACUAAGGAUAUGCAUCAAAAGCUCAAUAUUCGUGACGAGUGGCUCUUGACUCACCGAGUCGAUUUGCACAAUACCCUUCGGAAGCUAGCUGAUACUGAGCCCUACGGGCAAAACCUCAAUAUCAAUCUUCAUAGCCGUGUUGUAUGGGCUUCGAAAGUCGUUUCUGCGGUGACGCUAGAGCAGCCGAAGCGCAAGUCUACAGGACAGAAUACCUUCCGAUUCUUGGUCUCAAUGGACAAGAUCAACGCUAGCCCUCUAGCGAGGCCUUUCUUCGAGGAUUUGGGUCUGGAUGAUCAACAUGUCUUUCUGGGAGCCGAUCGGCGCUUGGUUGUCUACCCCUGCCGAUCCAAAACUCUCCUUAAUGUUGUCGCCAUCCAUCCUGCUGAGAACGAUAGCCUAGAGACCGAAUCUUCCUGGCUCUCGGGGGGGAAUAUGGAAGAUUUGCUGCACACAUACCGAGACUUUGGACCGGAGCUGAUUGAGAUGUGUCGCCUGGGAGAGGAUUUGAAACUUUGGAGCCUGGCAACACGUGAGCCCCCAAAGACAUUCUACCGAGGCAAGACAGUCUUGGUUGGUGAUGCAGCCCAUCCAAUGCUUCCUCAUCAAGGCCAGGGUGGCGCACAAGCGCUUGAAGAUGGUGCGGCUUUGGGUGCCCUAUUGCCAUACGACACCUUGCCCAGCCAGGUUAAUCGAAGACUACAGCUGUUCAACAAGGUCAGAUAUGCGCGCACAAUCACUGUCAUGGUCAUGUCAAGCACCAGUGACGACAGACGUGCCGAGAAGAUGCCAGAACUCCAACGAUACGUUCCCGAUGCUCGCCUCCCGAAAAACAUGUUUGAGUACACGUGGAGUUCGUAUGCCACGCUCGAGGCUCGAAGGGCUUUGGAAGAAGAUUUGGGGGCGAGCUAUGGACCUGCUGCAAGGAUUUGA